AAUUAGUCGACCUUUUUCAUGUUUCUCGAUAAGAGUAGGCUUUACUGAAAACGAAGAAAGACCAAUCCGUAAAUAUAUCCAAAAACAUAGGGCAUUUUCAUCAACCCAAAUAUCUCCAGCAAAACUCAACAUAACAUUGAAGGCGAAGAUCAAACAGACACACAGUCAUAUAUCUAGCACCUUUACACAUUGAAGAAAAUAACGGUUUUCAUGAUUUUUAUUACUCCGUUUUCAGAUUUUUGAAUCUAUACACUGUUCAAUCUUCGUUACAUGAUACGGUCGCGGAAAGCAGUUCACAACAGAGUUCCGAUUUCCGAAUAGAUCCGUUGAUUUUUUGGAAGAAGAGCUCAAAUCAGCUGAAAUCUACUUUAUAACCACAUUCAAACUUUGAAGAUUGUAAGAACAAUGCACGAACAGUUGGCGUCGUAUAUCAUGUGCUUCAACACAGUCGAUUGACAAUUUUGGUCAGGUUUCAGAGAUCCAUUUUUGGAAUCAUUUGCUUAAAACAUUACAAAUUCGGAAUAUCCUAUAACAAAUUUGGUGAAUACGAACUCCCACGCCUGUUUUGAUUCCUUUCCAAGGGUUCUUUCAUUAUUAGAAAAAAAACCUUUACCGGUGAAAUUGCUACCAGUCAAACGGGUUUUUCCCCUAAUUUUUGGAGGUAUUCACCUAAACCGCUGUUAAACGACAGCUUGCAUAGUUCUACUGGUACGUCUACCAGGAAUCAAAACCUUGUGGUGGGGGCCGAUUGACACAAACACAAUAAUGCAAACUCAGUUUUUUUUCCAGUUAAAGUUUGUGAAACACCUUGCAACUUAUGUUCCGUUGUCCUUUGAAGAAAUUAUGGGAAUCUGUGUGAUGUAGUAUUAUCCGGGUCGGAUCUAUUGAAGAAGGAAUAUCUUCAAAAUCGAAUUUUAUUAUUUUUUCUGGGAUCAAUGAGUCAAGAAGAUAAGAUGAAGAAACUAGAAAAGGGGUCGGAUGCUGCUGAGAAGGUCGUUGUUGCUGUUAAGGCAUCUCGAGAAAUCCCCAAGACUGCUUUGGUUUGGGCUUUGACUCAUGUGGUUCAACCAGGGCACUGCAUUACAUUGCUUGUUGUCAUGCCUACACAAACUUCUGUAGGUCGGAAAUUAUGGGGUUUUCCGAGAUUCACCGGAGACUGUGCUAGUGGCCACCGGAGGUCAAAUAUAGGAACAAGUUCAGACCAAAAAAUCGACAUUACAGAUUCAUGCUCCCAAAUGAUUCUUCAGCUUCAUGAUGUUUAUGAUCCUAAUAAGAUAAAUGUGAAGAUUAAAAUCGUUUCUGGAUCACCAUGUGGAUCAGUAGCAGCUGAGGCCAAGAAAAUUCAAGCCAGCUGGGUUAUAUUAGACAAAAAACUUAAACACGAACAAAAACGAUGCAUGGAAGACUUACAAUGCAACAUUGUAAUAAUGAAGAAAUCACAACCAAAAGUUCUACGCCUAAACUUAGUCGGGUCACCCAAAACCCAACAACCCGAACCCGACCCAUCACCACCUUCCACAAAUCAAUCAUCUCAUGAAAAACAAACAAAAAACAAAAACCUCGAUUCAAUUCGAUUAUCAGUGGUCACUCCAACAAGUAGCCCAGAAGUAUUCACAGCAACAGAAGCCGGAACUUCAUCUGUCUCAAGCUCCGAUCAUGGAACUUCACCAUUUUUUCUCCCUCAAACUAAUCACAGUCUAUUAAAAAAGGAGAAAGGAAAAGAGAAUCACAAUGACCUAAUCGAAUCAAGUUCAGAUUCCGAAAGUGAGAAUCUUUCAUCAACAUCAUCAAGCUUAAGGUUUCAAUUUCAACCAUGGAUGGUUGACAUCAUCACUCAAAAUCAAAACAGAACAUUAUCAAAAGUAGAUCGUGACAGCAACCAUGGAAGCCAUAGAAGUGAAGUGGAAUUCAGUGGGAAUGUUAGAGACGCGAUAUCUUUAUCAUCUAGAAACAUCCCAUCGGGCCCACCUCCUUUGUGUUCAAUAUGUCAACAUAAGGCGCCGAUAUUCGGAAAGCCACCAAGGUGGUUUACUUAUGCUGAGCUGGAGCUUGCGACAGGUGGAUUCUCACAAGCUAAUUUUUUAGCUGAAGGAGGAUUCGGGUCAGUUCAUAGAGGGGUGCUGCCCGACGGGCAGGCAGUUGCUGUAAAGCAACAUAAGUUAGCAAGUUCUCAAGGGGAUCAAGAAUUUUGUUCAGAAGUUGAAGUGUUGAGCUGUGCACAGCAUCGGAAUGUUGUUAUGUUGAUUGGGUUUUGUAUUGAAGAUGGAAGGAGACUCCUUGUUUAUGAGUAUAUAUGCAACGGGUCAUUGGAUUCUCAUCUUUAUGGUCGUCAACGAGAGCCAUUGGAAUGGGCUGCCCGACAAAAGAUUGCGGUGGGGGCUGCCCGGGGACUGAGAUAUCUUCAUGAAGAAUGUAGAGUCGGUUGCAUUGUGCAUCGUGACAUGCGACCAAAUAAUAUUCUAAUAACCCAUGAUUUUGAGCCUCUGGUAGGGGAUUUUGGGCUGGCGAGGUGGCAACCGGAUGGAGAUACCGGAGAAGAAACAAGAGUAAUCGGGACAUUUGGAUAUUUGGCUCCUGAGUAUGCACAAAGUGGGCAGAUAACGGAGAAAGCAGAUGUAUACUCAUUCGGGGUUGUAUUAGUGGAGCUUGUUACGGGGCGCAAAGCAGUGGAUCUUAACCGCCCAAAAGGCCAACAAUGCCUCACGGAAUGGGCACGACCAUUGUUGGAAGAAGAUGCAAUCGAUGAGCUAAUUGACCCACGAUUAGGGAACUCAUAUUCAGAACAAGAAGUUUACUGUAUGUUGCAAGCUGCUUCUUUGUGCAUCAAAAGAGAUCCACAGUUGCGCCCUCGCAUGUCGCAGGUGUUACGGAUAUUAGAAGGUGAUAUGAUCAUGGAUUCGGGUCAUGGGUAUGAUGUUGGAAACAGAAGUGGGAGGAUUUAUAUGGAUCAUCAACAUGUGCAACAUAACGGGAAUGAAAUGAGCGAGGUAUAUGAAGGAUUUGGUGGAAAGGUUUCGGUUGAUUCAACUCGGGCUUCUUAUUGGCAAAGGGAAAAAGCAAGGAGGACUUCAUCUUUAUGUGAAGAUUUAAGGACAUGA